AAGAAGAUGGAUGCGCAGAGUUCAGCUAAAGUCAAUGCAAGGAAGAGGAGGAAAGAGGCAACCGGGCCCAACGGGGCAACAGAGGAAGAUAGAAUUCCUUCAAAAGUGGCACGCUGUGCGGUUGGCUUACGGGAACCAGCUCCUUUUUCUGAUGAAAUUGAAAUUGACUUUAGUAAGCCUUAUGUCAGGGUAACUAUGGAAGAAGCCUGCAGAGGAACUCCUUAUGAACGGCCUGUGAGAGUUUAUGCAGAUGGAAUAUUUGACUUAUUUCACUCUGGUCAUGCCCGAGCUCUGAUGCAAGCAAAGAACCUUUUCCCCAAUACAUACCUCAUUGUGGGAGUCUGCAGUGAUGAGCUGACGCACAACUUCAAAGGCUUCACAGUGAUGAAUGAAAAUGAGCGCUACGAUGCCGUGCAGCACUGUCGCUAUGUGGAUGAGGUGGUCAGGAAUGCCCCCUGGACCCUGACUCCUGAGUUUCUGGCAGAACACCAGAUUGAUUUUGUAGCCCAUGAUGACAUCCCUUAUUCUUCUGCUGGAAGUGAUGAUGUCUAUAGGCACAUCAAGGAAGCAGGCAUGUUUGCUCCAACACAGAGGACAGAAGGUAUCUCCACGUCAGACAUCAUUACUCGCAUUGUCCGGGACUAUGAUGUGUAUGCGAGGAGGAAUCUACAGAGGGGCUACACGGCUAAGGAACUCAAUGUCAGCUUUAUCAAUGAGAAAAAAUACCACUUGCAGGAGAGGGUUGACAAAGUAAAGAGGAAAGUCAAAGACGUGGAAGAAAAAUCAAAAGAGUUUGUUCAGAAGGUGGAGGAGAAAAGCAUUGAUCUCAUUCAGAAAUGGGAAGAGAAAUCACGAGAAUUCAUUGGAAGCUUCCUGGAAAUGUUUGGACCAGAAGGAGCGCUGAAACAUAUGCUGAAAGAGGGGAAAGGCCGGAUGCUGCAGGCCAUCAGUCCAAAGCAGAGUCCCAGCAGCAGCCCUACUCGUGAACGCUCCCCAUCUCCCUCUUUCCGAUGGCCCUUCUCUGGCAAGACAUCCCCUCCUUCCUCCCCAGCAAACCUCUCCCGGCGCAAGGCAGCAGCCUAUGAUAUCAGUGAGGAUGAAGAGGACUAGUUUCCCAUCCUGUUUCUCCUCUCUUCUUCCUCUGUCUCAUCACCUUCAGAAGCUCUCUGCUGACCUCUAAAUUGUGAUCCCAACACUAAACCCAAGGAUAGCUACAGAGGAGAGCAUAUCGGGGCAAGAGGACCUGGGAUGGAGGCACCAACGGACCUUCUCCAAGAGGCAUCAGCCAUCCCCACGGAGAAGAAGGCGGCUGACUGCACCUAAGAAGCUUGUUCUGCAUCCAUCUACCCACCCCAAGGACUUUGCUUUACGAUUUGUGUUCAUGUGAUCUCGACAGGGAAUUUGUCAUUUU